UCCUGAUUUUCCAGAAACACAGCCUCUCACUAUUGCUUCCGUCUUGAAAUUUAAAAAUUGUAUUUGUUAGUUUAGGAAUGGUGGUACAUGCAUCGACACAUUGCACGGCUUCCGCUGUUUAUGUACGCCAUGUUUCUACGGCGACAGUUGUUCAGAGAUUGACUCGCGGUGCAGAUCAGCUCAGCGUUAUAACCGUACUGGCACUUUCAUGGUGAAAGCGGGAAAUGAGCAUCAGGAUGCGAAAAGAGAUUCGAAUUUCCGUGAUUUUUUACUCGUACUGCUGUCGUCAUGUUCCAUGUUAGCAUUGGUACUGGUCGCCAUUGUCUACUAUCGGCAAAAAAUAGCAAAAAAAGCUGCACCACUGGAUCCAUGCCUGCAGAACGAUUUCAACGCAAGACGACUGACGAAAUAUUCCGAACAAAAGCCAUGCCUCUCUGCUUGUGCCGGCCGAAAUGCCGAGAUCAGCUACUUCGAAUGCGACAGAACAAUCAAAACUCAAACGGUUUGAUG